AUGCAUAAUAUUAUAAAGCUUUUUCAUUUAAAAAUUUUGCGGUUAUUUGUCAGUGUGGAUGAAUUUGGGAAAAAGUCAUCUUCCGCAGAAGAUGACGACCCAUGGAACAAAUAUUUCAAUUCACAAUUUUCAAGUUCAAAAACGAAAUCAUGCGUAAACUGCAAUGUUGAAGCUGGAAAUAGCCAAUAUUACUUGGAAGAAUGCAAUUUCUUUGAUGACAAAGAUCGAGUUAUUGAUUUCAACCCUGUUUCCAAUUCACUGUUCCUACAUAAUCUGUGUUCUUUUAGUAAUUGCACUUCAUCCGGAGACGGGAGUUGCAUUUGCUUCAUUGGAAGCGAUAGUUCAAUUGUUCAACGAAAAUUUUGUUGUACAAAAUGCCAAAGCCAGACAAAGGGGCACUUUUCUAAUACAGAAAUGAAAACAGAUAACAUAAACUUUUUUAUUGAAAGUUCUCUUUACGAUGUAGGAAAAGAAGGCGUUGGUCAGGAUGCCUUAAGAGCAAUAAGUGGUAAUAUCAUAGUUUCAUCAACAAAUUUCUCAUCAAAUAAAGCUAAUUACCUACCUGUUGGAAAAUUUGAAUGUAAAACACGUAAAUACACAACAACAAUUAACUAUACAACCGUUGUUAAUAAUUUGGCAACAGAAGAUCAAACGAUAAGUAUUUGGUAUAACGCUUUGAUUGAUUCAUGUAAUAUUAUAAAUAAUACUACUACUCAAUCAGUUAAUGGAAUUAUUUACCAUCAAGAAAAUUCUCUUACUGUAAAAAGUUGUUCUUUUAUUAACAACACUGCUGCUCAAGGUUCAUAUUUGAUAUACCACGGUAUUGAUCAAUUAACAGUUGAUAGUUGUUACAUUGACAAUUCGACUUCAUCAACAUUUCUUAGAAAUGUAGAACCUACUAAUCCAAGAGAACUAUUUACUAACAAAUUGAUUCAUUUUUCAACUGAUAAUUGCCAAGUAGAAAUUGCAAUUAUCAAUAAAAGUAUUUCUAAAGUUAAUAAACUUUCACUUUUUUUACAAACUUUAGUAAACAUUUCUAACUCUUCAUAA